AUGGCUUCAGUCUCUGCAGGUGCAGUUCUGGAAAGAACAAUCUAUUCAGCGUGUUCAUUAGGCUUCGUACCCGUUGCCAUUCGAUUCCGCGUCUUCGAAAUACUAGCAAAAGCCUGGGGUGGCCCACUCUCCUCAGAAGCAGUUUUGAAUUUGUAUCGCAAGCAAACGAAACCUGGUGACCCUGAGCCACCUCUAGUUCUCAUCGAAGACACAUUGCUCGCCAUGGCUGGUCUAGGCUUUGUUAACCGAGUGAAAGAGGACAUGUACCAGGCAAACGAAGUCACCAAACACAUUGAAGCGACUCCCUCAGCAAAACAUGGGUCUCUCCUAUUCACAACAGAAGGCCUCUUGGCAUCCGCCUUCCUCAUGCGAAAGCUAGAAGCCAGCAAUUUCCAAUACCCAUUCGAUGAAAUGGACAACCCACUGCAUUAUGCCUACAGCAGUAUAGGCAGAGCAGAUCUAGCCGAGCAGAACUUCUGGUCAAUCAUGGAAGCCAACGGCCGUCUGACGAACGUCAAUGGCUUCAUGGACGGGAAGUUCGGCACUGUUCUACCAACUCCCGAGAAUCUCCAGGCCCAUGGGUACGAUAUCCAAGCUGUCCUUAAUGAAGCUGAUAGCAUCUCGAUCCCCAGAACAAUGGUAGAUAUAGGCGGUGGUAAGGGCCAGAUGCUCCUGCAGCUUCAGGCAGCGUUUCCGCAACUUCAGGAAACCGAUCUCAUCGUGCAGGAUUUUAACCCGGGCAUUGCGAGUAUUCCAGGUAUUACGCUGCAAAAGUGGGAUUUCAAGGGGGAGGAUAACCCCCAGCCGGUCAAGGGGGCGCUCGUGUACCAUCUGCAGAAUCUCAUGCAUGAUCUGCCUGAUUUAGAGGCUGCACGACUGUUGCAGAAGAUUGCAGAGGCGAUGGCACCGUAUUCCCGAGUCCUGAUUCAUGGGCUGCCUAAGAAUGUGAAUAUGGCGGGGGCGCAUGCGGCGAUGAUUCUGUUCUUUGGUGGGAGGCAGAGAGGCCAGAAGGAUUGGGAACAGAUGGCUGCGGUGGCGGGGUUGAGGGUCACGUUUCAGGUGUAUCCGGAGUUUGGGGAGGGGGUGGUUGAGAUGAGGAAGGUGUGA